AUCUCGAAUAGAACAAACUCAACGGUAACGUUCCCUUGCAUAUGUCAUAAGGUCACAAGGGGACGUUGAAUAUUUCAAGAAGUAUCAAACACUUUCAAUAAAUUAUUUUAAUCUCUAAAAUAUGAAUAGGACGUGGUGGUAUUAACAGACGCAAAUUCCGAUGAUAAACCACUGAGCAAACCUCGGUGUUCUAUAGAGAGCUGGUCGAGGCAAAAAAUGACGACGUUCUAGGAAGGGCUCAGGGGUUCGACGAGAAUCAACUCUCCAACCUGUUUAAGAAAACCUUCAGGCCGGGGUAUUUAGACAAUUACCAAAAAUCCCUGGCUUGGCAGUGCUAUAGGAAUGCAUUAGCUGUUCGCGAUAAGUUAUUUAGGCACGGAAUGUCAGUGCCACCGACGUGUCCAAGAUGUGGGUUGGACGAUGAAACCGUUCAACACGCUUUUGUACAUUGUCAAGGAGCUGUCAAGCUUUUAUAAGUUACGUCGAACAUGGGUUGUCGCAUCUGGGACGAGUACAGCUGUCGGUUGGAUCCAUGAUUAAGAUGAUACCGCCAACUGGACUCUCAAAGGAAGGUGAAGCUUGUUUUUCUGUACGAUGGCAGUACUGAAAGUGUGUGUGUGGAGAACCAGAAUGGAAGGUUUUGUGACAGUCUCUUGUCUCUGGCCCAGGUUUGUUAAACUUCUUCAGAUGGGGUUGGAGAAGAGGAACCUGUCACAGAAAGAGUAUGUGAAACGUUGGAAGGAUGUGAUGAGAAAGGUGGGUGUUAGUAACCCAGCUUAAUCAUAAAAGAAAGGAAAAAAUUAGUUGCUGGGCCUUAUAGGCUGCCGGGUUCAAAAUUUGGAACCUGCAUUUCCCCCUUUUUCGUUUUAACAUAUGUUGUUUUCUAUUUUUAUUAAAACAAAAAACGCACAAAAGUUCUCAUUGUAAAGGCAAAAGUAAGCCAAGUUUUCGUUCAUGUCAUAUUACAACUAAAUUUUUAAGUCUCAUUCGAACUUAUAUAACAUUCUUUGUAUUUGUAUGUCUUGUUAUGUCCCUAUCUAUGUAAGAUCGCAUGAUUAUAAUAAAGAUUUAUUUGAGAUCGAAAGUGCGGCUGUAGACAUUGAGCCAGCUUCACUCUAGAUUCUAAUGUUGAGCUUGUUUGGAGCUUUGCGUCGCCGAGAAAGGAAUCCUUGGACAUUUCUCUCGUUUCCAGCAAUCAGAAUAUUUACUGGCGGAGUUCGAUGACAACGCAGAACACCAUUCAUUCGUUGUUUACAUCUGCCAACGAAUAUUGGAUGGCAUUGGCAUUUAAGGGAUAUACCAUCAAUAUUGAUCACUUCUAGAUAAAAGGAAGAUUUUAUCCAGAAGUGAAAUAUUUCUAGUGAGACAUUGCUCUUCUACAUUGUCUGGAAUUUGUAGAUUCCUUUUUAUUCUAAUAAAAUUUGGACAGAUUUACAAUGGAGUUUGCCACCAUGGAAACAUUGCAGUAUAAAUGUUUUGAUCAAUCCAGGAAUAUAUAAAAAGCGGUAAAAAUAUCCUUACAGAAGUAUGGAUUUUUCUGAAGAAUUACCAAAGGAGACAGAAGAAUCACCGUUUUCUUUAGAAUGUACCCUUGCUACUCAAAAGGAUAUGGAUACAGAAGAGAAAUUAUAUGAAUGUGAUAUUUGUGGUAAAUCAUUCUCUGAAAAACGUACUUUAACUACUCACAAACGCAUUCAUUCCAGGAAAAAGUCACAGGAAUGUAAUAUCUGUGGUCGAUUAUUCUAUUACAAAAGUUAUUUAGUUGAUCACUUACGUACUCAUACAGGUGAAAAACCACAUCACUGUGAUAUCUGUGGUAAAUCAUUCUCUCGUGCUAAUGGCUUAACUCGCCAUGUACGUAUGCAUACAGGUGAGAAACCAUAUCAGUGUAAUAUUUGUGGGGAAUCUUUCUCUGAAAGAGGUAACUUAGAUAAACACAGAAAUAUUCAUACUGGCGAGAAAUCAUAUCACUGCGAUAUCUGUGGAAAAUCAUUCUUUCAAAAGGUUCAUUUAAUUUCUCACAAACGUAUUCAUACUGGAGAGAAACCAUAUGACUGUGAUGUUUGCGGUAGGUCGUUCAGUAAUGGAAGUGCAGUAACUCUUCACAAACGUAUUCAUAGAGACGACAAACCAUAUCAUUGUGAUAUCUGUGGUAAAUCAUUUCGUCGUAGGAAUACAUUAACUGUCCACAAACGUAUUCACACAGGGGAAAAACCUUAUUGCUGUGAUAUCUGUGGUAAAUCAUUCACCCAGACAAGCCAAUUAAAAAUACACAAGAGAUACAUUCAUACAAAAGAGAGACCGUUUCACUGUAAUAUCUGUGGUAAAUCAUUUGCUGGUAGAAGUACAUUAACUGUUCACAAACGUAUUCAUACAGGGAAAAAUGCAUAUCCAUGUGAUACCUGCGGUAAAUCAUUCUCUUAUGCAAGUGCUUUAACUGUCCACAAACGUAUUCAUUCGGGAGGAAAAGGAUAUGACUGUGAUAUCUGUGGUAAAGUAUUCGCUUCUGGAAGUACAUUAACUGUUCAUAAGCGUGUUCAUUCAGGGGAAAAACCGUAUCGUUGUGUCAUCUGUGGUAAGACGUUCAGCCAAACAAGUCAGUUAACAGUUCACAGACGUACUCAUACAGGGGAAAGACCAUAUCGCUGUAAUAUCUGUGAUAAAUCAUUCACCUAUGGAAGUACACUGAAGUUUCACAAACGUAUUCAUACAGAGGGAAAACCAUGUCACUCUGAUAUUUGCGAUAAAUCAUUCUCUGGAACUAGUGACUUAGCGAUACACAGCAGACGUAUUCACACAAAAGAGAAAACCUAUACCUGUAAUAUCUGUGGAAAAUCAUUCUCUACUGGAAGUGCAUUAACUACUCACAAACGUAUUCAUACAGGGGAAAGGCCAUACCAUUGUAGUGUCUGUGGUAAAUCCUUCUCUCGAAAUUCUGGCUUAAUUAGACACCUGUGUUUUCAUACAGGUGAUAAGCCAUAUCACUGUGAUAUCUGUGGUAAAUCUUUCUCUUACAGUAAGGCUCUAACAAAGCAUGUGCAUCUUCAUACUGGUGAGAAGGGAUAUCACUGUAAUAUCUGUGAUAAAUCUUUCUCAAGAAAUUAUCAAUUAACUGUUCAUAGUCGUACUCAUACAGGAGAGAAACCAUACCAUUGUGAUAUCUGUGGGAAAUCUUUCUCUCGUAGUCAAGCUCUAACAAAACAUAUGCAUCUUCAUAGUGGUGAGAAGCCAUAUCACUGCGAUAUCUGUGGUAAAUCAUAUGCUAGUAGAUAUACAUUAACUGCACAUAAACGUGUUCAUACAGGAGAAAAACCUUACCACUGUAAUAUCUGUGGUAAAUCGUUCUCAAAACAAUAUCUCUUAACUGUACAUAGAAACACUCAUACGGGAGAGAAAUCAUAUGAUUGUAAGAUCUGUGGCAAAUCUUUGUCUCAGCCAUAUCAUUUAACUGUUCAUCGUCGUAUUCAUACAGGCGAGAAACCAUUUCACUGUGAGAUAUGUGAUAAAUCAUUCGCUCAAACAGCUCAUUUAACAAUUCACAGACGUAGUCAUACAGGAGAUAAACCCUAUAAGUGUGAUAUCUGUGGUAAAUGUUUCUCUCAAAAGAAUGAUUUAACCAAGCACAAGCGUGUUCAUACAGGAGAAAAGCCGUAUCAGUGUAAUAUCUGUGGCAAAUCAUUCCCUGUAAAUAAUGCUUUAACUGGCCACAAACGUAUUCAUACAGGAGAGAAACCUUAUCACUGUGAGAUCUGUGGUAAAUCAUUUUCUCACAGUUCUGCUUUAACGAGACACAAAUGUGUUUGAUCUAAUGAAGAACUUUCUAACAGUGAUAUUUGUAAUAAAUAACUCAUUUAGUAAAAAACUUCCUUUGUGGAGUGAGUGAGAAAUGGACAGACACAUCAGCACUAAUGUUGUCAGCAACACGACAGCCUCUCUAGUGCUGGCUCCAAAGUAAAAUACAUCCUGUACACUGUGAAAUUGAUGGUGAUAUGUAGGGCAGCCAGCCACAAAAACCAUAUUCCCUGAAGCAAACCAUACAUAUGACUUUGUUUAAAACAUGAAGUAGAGGUUUUUUUCUUUUUGUUUUCACUUUGAUAGUAACAAA